CUUGUCUCGUCGCCCUCUUGUUGGGAUAUUCUCAUCUAGCCGUUCACCCGCCCGUAUAUUACGAGAGUUCUGUGCACUAUCGAUACCAUGCUUGACUCCAAACAACAUCUCAACGAUGCCUACUAUGGGAUCAUUGGCGACAUCUCUAGAGAAAUCGAUUCUGGUACUGGGGUUUUCAGCGCUAGUCUUCGGAAACGAUGCAAAGCAGCCAAUUUGACCAUUGGACGUGAGACGCAGAGGCUAGAGAGCGUAAUGCAUAAGCAGCUUAAGGUUUUCUACCCGACGGGCCUGUGUGACAUUUACACCUAUCUCUACGUAUGCUGUGCGGGGUUGUGCUUGACACUUACCCUUUCGGUGACCGUUGCUCCGCUUUUCUUUUCCGUCUCUGAGGAGUUAUCAAUUCGUGUCCUUUGUUUAGUCUAUCUCUUAGGCUUUCUGGCAUAUCAGGGAACUCAAGCAAAUGCAUACUUGUCCGACAUUGUCACUCAUAUUUACAGGUUGCGUAGGGGUACCUUGAGGUGUGUAUGGGCUUGGAGGGACAUGAGUGGGUUAUUCGCCCUUAUUGCUGAGUCGGAAGGUAGACAGCUAUCGGACAUCCCACACGCACAGAGAUUUCUGAAAGCCUUCGAAGUUUCGUUCGCAGGCGUUGAAGUAGAACUAUGGAAGACACGAUCGAAGGUCCAAACUCUAUCAAAAUUCGCGAAGAAAAUACGAGCGAUGAAGGAUCAGGAUGCGUACGAUGCCGCCACUGUCUUGUCAACGGCAUGUCCCUGGUAUCACAACAGUGUUCUGGACGCCUUCAGACUUGGUCGUGCUAUCUUGGUCAGCCUCUAUACGAAAGUCUCUCAUUUGGUAUUUCGCGAGUCCCUAUAGUGGAGCGGACAGGUGCAGAACAAAUAGAAGACCCAACAAGCGAUGGUGUUUUCUAUAGUGGAUGGGCUUUUUCUUGUGCAAGUGCAAUGUGGUU